GCGGAGGCCCAGUUUCGUGGGUUUUUUUCUCCCUCUUUCGCUCUCUCCCGCCCCCUGGCGGCGGGAAGCGCGAUGUGCGCGUGCGCGGAGGCCCAGUUUCGUUUUUAUUUUUUCUCUUUCUUUCUCUCCCGCCCCCUGGCGGCGGGGAGCGCGGUGUGCGCGUGCGCGGAGGCUCAGUUUCGUGGUUCUUUUUUCCCCCUCUCUCUCCCCCGCCCCCUGGCGGCGGGGAGCGCGGUGUGCGCGUGCGCGGAGGCCCAGUUUCGUGUUUUUUUUCUCCCUGUUUCUCUGUCCCCCGCCCCCUGGCGGCGAGAAGCGCGGUGUGCGCGUGCGCGGAGGCCCAGUUUCGUGUUUUUCUUUUUCUCUUUCGCUCUCUCCCGCCCCCUGGCGGCGGGGAGCGCGGUGUGCGCAUGCGCGGAGGCCCGGGCCCGAGAUGGCGUCGGCAGGGCUGUUCAAGUGCCAACUGUGUGGCCUGUCGGCCCCCUCCAGCUACGUGGGACGCAGGCCGCCCGACUCACGCUCCGUCGUCCUGCUGGAGGACAGCUAUGUCACGCGGGACCCGUUCGCCCCCAGCAAGGACAAAUUCCUCAUCCUCGGCUCCCACUGCGCUCUGUGCAACAAGCCAGUCUGCGCCGGCCCGGGAUGCAGCUUGUUCUACUCCAAGCGGUUCUGCCUGCCCUGCGCUUGGGGAACCAUCGACGUGUUCCCCCAGGAAAUCCGCCACGAUCUGGAGAAAAAGAAAGCCGAGUCGAAACCCUCGUCCAAAAAGCCGGACUCGAGGACGUAAGUGGGUGGGAUUGGCAGGCGGGGUCGCGGGGGCGACGUCCCCAAGGGCCCGGAGCCCAGGUCUCCGUGACACCCCCCACCCCGCCAACCCACCUCCCCCAAGCCACGAAAGAAGGACCUCCGUUCCCGAAUGCUUUUUCUCAUAAGCAUCGUUAAGUAGAGAGAGAAGGAGGCGACGAGGGAGAGAGAGGAUGGGGGGGAUUCGGGGCGGCCGUCUUGUGACCCAGCGGGCCGUCGGAAUAAAUGGAUUCCAAAACC